GGCACCUGGUCCCAAAUAACUCCCGGAGAAUCACCAUCCAGUGUCCCCCGUCCCCACACGUUCGACGAUAUUCCUCAGUGAAAAGCAGUAACGCCCUUAACCGCCAUUUUCACCUGCCAAGCCGAGGAGAUGUGGAGGCGCGCUGCUUCGCUUUCCUCGUCGAUCUUCUCCUCCUCCUCAGAAGGGCCCUCCGUGACCGGCAGCAGCACGCGGCUGAUAGCUUGAGAUGUGCACGGAGUUGUGGAAUUGGGGCAUGAGCGUUUUCACUUUGCAUCCUCAGUUUGUUCUUCUCUUGGAAUAUGGAUUCUCCAUAUGAUAUAUUUUUGGACUUGCAUUUGGCUACCUUAAGCAGGGAGCAUAUUCAUCCAAGGCCAUGGAGUUUUCCUCUGCUGAACCCUUUAAGGGGGAAGGUUGUCUGUCUAAAGAGAAAAAUCUAUAUAUAACCUUUGUCCUAGGUGGCCCUGGAAGUGGAAAGGGCACUCAGUGUGCAAAAAUCGUCGAGAACUUUGGAUAUACACAUCUAAGUGCUGGAGAAUUGUUAAGACAGGAGAUUGCUUCAAACAGUGAAGAUGGGGUUAUGAUUCUUGACAUGAUUAAAGAAGGAAAAAUAGUUCCUUCAGAAGUGACAGUGAAAUUAAUUCAGAAAGGGAUGGAAUCUUGUGAUAAUGGUAAGUUUCUCAUCGAUGGCUUCCCACGGAAUGAGGAGAACCGCACAGCAUUUGAACAGAUUAUUGGAGCUGAACCAAAUAUUGUUCUUUUCUUUGAUUGUCCUGAAGAAGAGAUGAUAAAGCGGGUUUUGAACCGUAAUGAGGGUCGAGUGGAUGAUAAUAUUGAGACAAUUAGAAAACGCCUUAAAGUGUUUGCAGCUUCACAUUAUCCUGUAAUCGAUUACUACUCAAAGAAAGGGAAGUUAUGCAAGAUUGAUGCUAUUGGAACGGAAGAUGAGAUCUUUGAACGAGUUCGCCCUGUGUUUGCUGCAUGUGAGGGAGCACAAUGAAACUUCAUCCGUGCUGUUUGCAAAGUUCCCAGCAGAGACGGGGGAUUCUAACUUUUGGUUGAUAAAGAGGCAAACUUUUGCCCCCAAGGGAGAUUCUUGUUUUCUAGAAACAUCUUUCCGCCGCGUUCUUCGCAGUGGCUGUGUAUAGCCCUUGUUUAGAUGAACUGCAUAACUCUUGCAAGGCGUUUUCACCUUUUGAAACUGGGUUAAAGAACGCCGUUGCUGGAAUCAUCCGGUAGUCUAUGUAAGAUGAAUCAAGAUGAAUACGUUUGCUACCGAUGCUCACAAUUUGUUUCAGAUGAAUUCUGCAAGGGUUGUAGGCAGACCUUAUGCUCAAAUUCGAUUAUAUUGCCAGACAAAAUAAGGAUGAUCCUUGUGGCCCA